UAAAAAUACAAUUGCACGCUAGUGUGCGUGACAGGCCCAAAUGCUUGUCAAACUAGGGGAUAUUAUCCCUGCCCAAAACGCAUGUGUCGGUGUGGGUGCCGAGUCGAUUUUGGUCGGCACGGCUAUACCGAUGCAGCCUUGGGCGAAAGGAAGAGGGUGAGAUUUGAUGGAUGCAUGCCAUCCUUAGAUCGUCGCACGUCUUUGCAAGGACAACAAACACAACUGCGAGGGGAUGCUCACGCAACCAGGAAAAAAGGCUCUCGCACUUUCUCUCUCGCUCGCUCUGGAUUUCGCUAUAAAUCCCCCCCCCCCCCCAGAAACGUCACUGUAUGGGUGUCAGUGAGGAAAAACCAAUCCCUUUACCGUACAACACCUACGUACUACGGCUGGAAUGUUGGAAAAUCCUGCGAGCGCGCAGACUUCGGAAAAUCCUUAACAGCGAAGCGGGAGAGCGAGCAGCAGCAGCCGCCGCCGCCUGCACGAAUAUCCUGAUUCCCCCGGUGAAGGAACGAGAGCGGAGCGAGCAAGAGAGAGCAGUACAGCAAACCCCGCUGCCAAUCGUGGAAAAGACGAUGGGAAAAACUCGCGAGAGAGCGCGCGAGCGUGUGAGCAAAAAUUAAAGAUGAAUGCAUAGAGGAUUGAUACACCACCUCUUUUUGCUCAGGCGCCGUUUUUCCAGCAAAACUUUAAGUGUCGGAAGCGGAACGGGUAAUCCCCGUGUUGGAAAUACUUAUACGGGACACAAACACACAAAAAUAACAAAAAAAAAAAGCACAAUCGAAUCACUCGUCUUGAAGCACGAGUCAAACGCACCGAGAGUUUGACAGGUUAUCGAGAGACGGCCAGUAACGUGUUUUUCUUUUCGGUGUGCCAACCAAUCCCUAGUCGGUGUGGAAAAGUGUCGCGAAAAUCGUAUUGUGUUCCAGCAGAGGUAGCAGCCAAAACUCUCCCACAGCACAACACAACAGGCUCUCCCCCCCCCCCCCCCUCCCUGAAGAAGGACGAAUCGGGAAGCGUGAGUUCCGAUAUUCCUCACUGCCCGCGAGGUCGCCGUGAAGUCCACUCGGGCUCGCUCCAGGAUCAACGGCAUCGAGGAUAUGCAUUUCGUUACUACCGUUGCGGUACCGCCCGAGUGAAGCGAAGCAGUUCCGGAGCAGCGCACUUCCCUUUCCUGGAGCUGGAGAUUCCGCGGAGGUGGUCCACAGGAAGUUUUUGUAGCGAUGGCCACCCGACCAGGAAGCAUCAGUAGCGGAGCUCCACUGCUGGGACACUGUGUAUAGGAGGGCGAGCAAAACAGGGAACGGGUGCUCAGUGGUGUUAGUAGUUUGGUUGCCUGACAGUGUGUGUGUGUGUGCGUCUGGUGUUGCUGGACGGGCUCGUUCCUUUGGGCAGUGAAAGUGGUGUUGAAGCACAAAAAAGAAACUCAUUAAACGUAGUGAAGAGAAAAGAAAACCGAACGGGGAAAUGAAUUGUGUUGCAGGCCCGACUCUUGAAUCCAUCCUGCGUGAAUAAUGCAACACCGCGGUAGCAGUGCCUGUGGGUCGCGUUUGCGGAUGUGCGAACAUUACAUAAGGAAAUUGAGCAACUUCAGGCGACAGUCGUCAGCAGAAAUCUGGCAGGCAUACAUCAUCGCCCCGAAGGAGUAACGCUCGCGCGCGAGAGCACAGCAUAACUCAACCACCCCAAAACCCCGACCCUCCCUUCCCAAGCGAAUCGGUUUGCGCAAAAAAAAUAAAAUAAAAUAAACGUACGGUGAAAGAUGCCCAAAAUUCUGGACACGGAUAUCGACUCACCUAUUGCCAAUCUGAUAAAGCGCAGCGGUACGGGCAACAGCACCACGACGACCAACCACAGUAGCAGCGGCUCGAGCAAGCAGAGCGCCCACUACUCCAACGACACCACCAGCGAAAAGUCGGACGGCCCGUACGAGGCGCUCGUUGGCCGCCAUCACAUCGUCAGUGGCGGUGGCGGCAACUCCAACUCCUCCUCGUCCUUCUUCUCGUCCGCGUACGAUGCGAAGGACGGGUCGAACGAGGGUGGCAGCAGCUACGGCAGCGGCCAGCUGGCGGGCGGUGGUCUCGGCGGUGGGGUAGGCUCGCUGACGCAAACCCUACCGCCACCACCGCAGCAGCAGCAGCAGGGCCAGAGUGCGUUCUUUCAAUCAACCAACUCCAUCACCAGCCAUCAGCAACAAACGCGUGGACACCGGUCCGGACCGGACGGGGUGCCGCCGGACGGUGGAAAGGGUACCGGCAACGCCCCAGAAACGCGGGUCAAAAAGUAUCGCCAUCAGCAGUUCAGCAAGAACAUCUACAUCGGCACGAAGAACGCGGAGAAGUGGGACACGCUCCGGAAUGUGCUGCUGUUCAAGAACGAUGUGGAGUUUGUGUCGUUUCUGCUGAAGCUGGCGGAGAGCAACUGCUGGAAGAAGGACUCGCCGCUGCUGAAUGGAUUCCACAGCGAAACGGUACCGCUGAAACCGCAGGCAGCUUCCACCAAGGGCGUUCGAACGAAAUCGGGAACACGCGGUAAGCAGCAGCAGCAGCAGCAGGAACAUCCACCGGACGGGCAACAGCAGCAGCUGGAGCAGCAUCCGCACCAGCAGCCGCUACACUCCUCAUCAAUCAGCUUCACCAGCUCAAAGGCGGCCGGCAGCAUCGGAAAGAAAACCAAGAGAGUACAAUUUAACAAGAAUGUAAAUAUAAUCCAUAAGCUUGAUAAUCGGCGCACCGGCAAGAUGGUAUCGUUCAGCGACAAAGCAUUGGCGGACGAGCCCUCGAAUCCUUCCCACCGCGAGGAAGAUUCUACGGCCGUACCUGAGAUGGACGAGGACGGUGGGAUGGAGGAUGACGAGGACGAGGACCAGGAGGAGGAGGAUGAGGAGGAGGAGGAGGAGGACGAGGAGGGGGAAGAGAUGGAAGAGGAAGACGGGGAGGAGGAGGAGGACGAGGAGGAGGAAGACGAGGAGGAGGAGGAGCGGGGUGAGGAGAAGGAAGCGAUGACGGGCAAGGCGGCCGAUGGUGCGGUGCCGGUGGAGCACGCGGAUGUUGUGCUGCGCAAGGCGGACGGGUUUCUCGGCGACUGUAAGGAGCAGGAGUCGACCGGCCACGAUGCGUACCUGAUGGAGGACAUCGUGAAGAAGACGAUGCGCAAAACGCUCCCGCCGCCACCGGCGAAUCCGCAACCGCAGCAAAGCAACGAGGUGCAGCAGGACUCGAUCAGCAGCACGAUGGGUUCGGUUUCAGAGGAUUCGCUCAACACGGAGACGGAGGUGCUGGACUAUCGCAUCGCGGAGAAGAUCAAGACCGAGCUGGAGGAGAAGCAGAAGCUGGAGCGGAAGACGCACACCGCGGAAGAGUUGCCGACGACGUCCAACUUUUUCGACCAGUGUGACUUCGACCCGGGCUCGGUCGACGAGAAGCCGGCGACGUUGCCGCUGGUCAAGAAGGGUGCGUUAGACCGUACCCGGUCUGGUACGUCUCUCGAACAGUCGGUUUAUAGUGGGGGCGGAGGUGGUGGUGGUGGUGGUGGUGGGCGGAAACGUGGUCGACGUGCUAAUGCCGCGCACGAUUCCGGCAACGUCGAUCUGCACAUCGAGUACGAGGAGCAGGAGUAUCGGCCACUACCGGGAUCGAGAGCUAGCGAUGGGGGAUUGCUGGAGAAGUCAAACUUCACCCCGAAACAGCUGCACCAUACGCCAACGGCACCGCGCAAGGCGAAGGGUGUGGGCACGGCAAAGCAUAAGGUGUGUGCGGGGUGUAACGUUAAGCACGGUGCGGACCAGUGCCCGCUGAGUACGCCACUCCGAGCGAUCAGCAACAAAAUCGAGCUUAAUCAGUGGCUGGAGCAGAAUGAGGAUUUGAUCAAGAAGCACAAACUGUUCCUCAAGCCGACCGGCAACGGGGAGGACAUGGAUGACGAGAUGGACGACCAGUACGAUGACGACGAGGACGAUGAGGAUGACGAUGUGGACGAUGAAGACGAUGACGGGGGUGAAGGUAGCCGUGGGAACGGGAAGAUCGAGCUAAGCCCCUCCUUCUCGGAGGUCUCGGUACCGCCCGAGUUCGAGCUACGGCUAUGUCCACAGUCGAGUGCCAAUGCUAACGCCAUCACGAGCACCACACAGUCCGAGGCGUUACAGCAGCAGGAGCUACAGACGACCGGGAAGCUAAAUCAACUUCCUCCAGACGUCGCCCCGCAGCAUCAGGAGCAGCAGGAUCAGGACUCGAUCAUGGAGUCCAAAGGUUCCGUACCACCAUCCUCAUCCUCUUCGUCAAGCUUCGUCGGAACGCUCGGUACGGAGCGGGACCCGGCACCGAAAAGCCGCCCGGUUAGUGGACACGGGCUUAGCAUCUACACCACCACCUUCAUCGCGAAGUAUACGAAAAUUGGGCCCCUCACGGGGCAGAUAGUGCGCGAAACGGAGAUCCAGGACGACUGCACCAUGCGCCACAUCUUCGAAACGUUCGAUGGCGUCAAGUCGACGUACACCAGCACCGAGAACAAGAACUUCUCCAACUGGCUGCGCUACAUCCGGCCGGCCCGGAACCGGGAGCAGAAGAACUGUGUGCUGCAGGUGCACGACGGGGGGAUUUACUUCGUGACGAGCAAGGAUCUGGAGCCGGGCACGGAGCUGCUCUACUGGAGCAACGAUAGCAACUCUGCCUGGGGCAAGAAGAAGAUGGAGAAAACGAACUGUGGAGGUUGCAACCUGAAGUUCGACCAUCCGUUCUACUACCGCACGCACUGUUCCGUGUUCCACGAUCCGGGCUUUAGUCUGACGAUCCGCAAGUACCACUGCAAGGUGUGUGGUGCGGCAGUGCUGGGCAAGGAGAACAUCAUGAAGCACGCGGAAAAGCUGCACGAUGGCAAGGGUGCAUAUCAGUGUCAAUUUUGUCAGAAGUUUUUCCUGCGGCUCAACUACCUGGAAAUGCAUCGGACGUACGGAUGCAGUGCCAAUCCGCAGCGCACUCGGCCGCUGUGCGAUUUCUGUGGCCGUAAGUUCUGCCAGCCGCAAAAGCUGAAGGUACACAUCAAGCGGAUGCACAGCGAUAUGGCGGACGUUUUGCGAGACUUCCAGUGUAAGCUUUGCUCGAAGCUGUUGGGCUCGAGGGCCGCCCUGCAGCGCCAUUCGAAGGAGGUGCACAGCCGGAACUCGGCCGUUGUGAGUUGCCCCCGGUGCCAGAAGCUGUUCCAGAACCGGUCCAAUCUGAAGAUCCACAUGCUUACGCACUCCGGUGUGCGGCCUUUCAAAUGCGCCGAAAAUGAAUGUACGGCUGCCUUUACCACCAAACAGUGUCUGCAGUUUCACUACAAGAAGGUACACGGAUACACUCAGGAGCAAAUGCCAAAGAUUGAACGUAGCGUGGCGUACACGUUCGACGCCUACUCCGGAGGCUUAAAUGAUGGAAUUAUUGAUGAAGUACAGCGCCGUCAGAGACACAAAUCGUCAGCUUCGGAAGAGGGAGGCUACCCCAGUGAGAAGGUGGAGAGGAAAAAGCGUUCCCGACACCUGAACCACUUUGACGAGACAUCCCUACAUCAGCAGCACCAGGCUCAGCUGCAACCACCGCUUCAGCAGCAGCAGCAGCAGCAGCAACAGUCAGACCUUGCACAGGGUCUCGGCCAAGAAUCGAACGAUCCGAGCAAGGCAACGUCUCAACAUCUGCAGCAACAAUCACCUCCACAUCCUCAGCUCGACUAUCCCAAUACACCUCCCGCCUCACAGCACUUAUCAACGCAUCCAUCAACCGCACAGCAGCAACUACAGCUCGGCUCGGUGCUGCCGAACGCGGACGUACUGCAGAAAGAUGCCGAACUGCACCAGCAAAAGCUGCUUCGGCAGCAGCAACAACAGCACGCGCAACAGCUCGCCGUGCACCAGGCCGACGACCAGCAGGACACAGUGGAUCAGGCGACCGGUAGUCAGAUGCAGCAUCACCAGCACGAUUUACACUCCGAUCCUCAGCACUCGUCGCUGGACGAUCAGGUGAUGGCGAAGGCAGAUCAAGAGGAGCAAUCGAUGCAUCAUCAUCACCAUCACCAUCAGCAGCUGGCACGCUUACCGUCACCGUUCUCGAACAAUCUGCUUAAGACGAAAAACAUUCUCGAAUCCUUUAACGAUCUGUGCCGAAACGAGAGCAACCUAUCGCUUCUAUCCACCAAGAUCUCCUCCAUACUGAACAACAACCUGAAGGACAUUGCGAAGGUGGCGGCCAUCGGUACGUCUGCGGGCAGUAACGGGGGCAAUGUGGAGGACAUCCGGAAGAACAUUAUCGAUCAUCAGGGUUUGGAGGAGGGGCGUAGCGAUCGGCUAGACGAUAUGCAGCAUCUCGUCCACCCGCUGCCGGACGACCAGUCGAAGGCGAACAGCUUGAACGUUAGUCAGCUGCAUCGUCUGAACAUAUCAAACCAGCUCGAUACCGGUACGGCGGCCGCGCUACAGUACAAGACCAGCAGCGAUGACGAUAUGAAGAGCGUUGCGGAGGUGGACAAUAACUUUGUCGAUAUGGCAUCGCUGGCGAGCAACUUGAAGUACAAGGAGUACAUCAAUGGUGGUGGGAAUGCGGGGCUGGUCAUCAGCAAGGGUAGCAAGAAGUGGAUCAGUGACACGGAUCAGCUGCCGGGCGUUGAUGGGCAGCAGGGUGAGCCGGGUGUGAUGUUGAGCACGGUCAGUGGACGUGAUUUCCUGACCAAGCUGAUCAUGAACGGGAACGUCAACACACCGCCCCCGAAUGUGGCGGACGAUGAGGAGGAGGACGACGAUAACUCGACCAUCCUGGACGUGGUGGAUUCGAACAAUCCGAACCAACAGAGCACGCACGCGCAGAUACAGCAGUACACAUCGAACUUUACCGGGCUUAAUUUGCCCGAUCUGCCCUCGUUCCAGAGCCACGCGUUCCAGGGACACUUUAACCAUCAAACACUGUUGGGCUCGUUCUACAACAACUCCGGCACGGGUACGGGUCGGAACACGAUCAACACGAUACCGACGUCCGCUAGUAUGCUGGUGGAGGCGGCCCUCAACUCGGUCAGCAACAUCAUCACGGAGGCGGAGAUCACCACGAACAAUAACGGUGGCACCAACAGCAACAACCAAAAUCAGGGCCUAAACAUUAACCACAUCGAUCCGGGCAGUGGGACGGACACGGCGAGCAACAACAACGUGUCGGCCAACUCGUUCAACGCUAGCAACAUCGACGAAUCGGUGGACGAUAUGAAGCUGCUCAAGUCGCACCACUUUUCGAUGCAGCUCAACUCGAUAUCGCAGUACUCGGCCCAGUCCACCAACGAUUCGGGCAUCCUGUCGAUACGGGGUGCGGGCAGUGGUGCGGCCAGCCGGCCCAAGUCACGCGAGAAAAUCGCUAUCUACGAGGACAGCGAGAUGCUGAACUACGAGAAUCAGCACCUUAGCCAGCAGCUGCAGGGCACACCGCACAAGCUAACGUCGAGCGUGGACUCGGUCCGGAGUGCGCUGUCGCCCGAGCAAACGGGAGACUUUAGCUACGCCGCUACACCGAGCACCUCCAGCCGGCAGCACAUCGUGAGUGGGUCGCCGGUGCGUUCCAGCUCGCGCCAGAUCUAUGCCGAGCAUGACCUUAUCUCGCCCGCCUCAACGCCCUCACUGCCGCGGUACGACUUUGGACCGACGGACAACAGCAACUAUGGCAGUUCGCGCCGCCAGGAUGCUAAAACCAUCAGCUCGCUCACGCUCGAAAGCUUCGAAUCGAACCUGAAGGAUACGGCACACCACAUGCAGCAGCUGUCCAGUGACGAGGACAACAGCAUUGUCAUUGCGGAGAAUCUGUCGGUGAACGCGGUGUCGACGGAGGAGAAGCUAAAGCUGUCGAACGCUGCGACCGCAACGAACGCGAAUAACAACGCGCCGAGCGGUGGCGGCACUAGUGCGACGGAGUUCAUCCAGCAUCAAAAGUAUGGCGAGACGGGACGCACGAUAGGUGGGUCCAAUCUGUCGACGACGGCCGAUAUGCGCAUCAAGUACGGCAACGACGAGCUGGUGGACUUUCAGCAGCGCAACAAUAUCGGUGACGCUUCCGACUUCCAGGGGCUGGAUAUGUCGUCGCGUUCGUCCGUUUCGGCAUAUCAUCACACUAACUUCCAGCUGUCAACGCAGGCAGGCAGUAAUUUGCAUUUCAAUCGAUACCAUCACCACAUCUACGACAUACUGAGUGAGCGUGAACAGCAACAGCAGCAACCACAGCAACAGCAGCAGCAGCAGCAACAGCAGCAGCAGCAACAAUCCCAACAGCAGCAACAGCAGCAGGAGUCAUUCCAGCUGGAGCAAACGCAACUGCAGCAUCUCGUGCAGGAACACGUCCAGAACCAAGACUCCGAUGCAGAUCAAUCGGUCACGGUGGACCUUAGCCGCAGUUCCAGCUAUCUCGUGCAAUCACCACCAACACCUGCCAUCUCGUACAGCAGCCAUCACCAUCCCGACAUGAUACGCAUGGUAUCGCUGGACCUUAGCUCCAACACCGGGUCGCACCAUGCGGUAAACAACGGGUCCCAUCACGCCGUACGUCACGCCUCCUUCAUAUCUUCCCAGAUACAGCCGGCCGAACAUCACCGUUUGCUUGCCGGCGAUCAACUGUCGGCCAGCAACCAUCGGCUGCUGGUUAGCGAUCCCGCCACACACCUGAUCUUCGAGCAGAACAAUCGGCUACUGUCGGACGCGACCGGGCAGCCGGCACCGCCUCCACCACCACCACCACCACGCCACGUAGUGUCACCGACGCGUGGGUUCGGUGCGUACCAUCAUCAUCACCAUCACCACCACCAUCAUCAGGUCAGCUCGUCGAACUAUCACCAUUCGAUGAAGCAAAACAUUGCCUCGCCACCGAUCAACCAGCACAGCUCGUCGGCUGCCGCCUAUCAUCCAUUCCCCACAUACUACUAAGCGAGAGAGGUAAACAGUCUCCCUCAUCUUACACAUCACAACUGGUGUGGCUACUGUCAGUGACACCUGCCAUACACGCACACACCCUCUUAGUGUACAGCUCUUGCCGAGUGCCGUGUGCAGGAGAAGAUGGACAAACAUUGACUGAGAAACAAGAUACAAGUGGUUCAUACCUUGUUACCACGCUAAAUAACCGAUGUCUACCGUAACAGUUAGUAACGGGCUUGCUGUUAAUAGGUAAAGGACUAUGUUCGCUUCCCCCCCAAAAGAACCAAUAGCGUGUGGAAUAGAUGGAGCGUGUCUGUGUUGUUGUGUUUCUCCUUUUUUUCUACUACCACUACUACUACUACCAAACACUGAGCUCAAACCGCAGCGAGGUAUUGAGCAUUGGCGAUACGAGACGGCGUAGCGUAGAUGGAGUAAGUUCGGGCACUCUCGGGCUGCUCGGUAUUACGCGAACCCAUACUGCCAUCCAUGAUGGUGGACUAAUGUGCACAAAAUGGUGGGCGCAAACUGCUCCAGAGCUGUCUAGUAUAAGAAGGGCUUGAGACAGGGGUGUCAGAAUGGAAAAAGGAGGAAGGAAAACAAAAAAAACACAAACGAAGUAGUAAUUUAACGGUCCCACCAAAAUGUUGCAAAAACUUAAACAAACAAAAAAAAAAAACACCUGCAUCGUUAAACCUCGAAAGCGAUACUCAGCAAACUACGAAUAUUACAAGCACAGAGCAAAAAAGCAACACCCGUUUUCAUAUGACUAUAGUUAAAUUGAUCCUGGCUCGUCGAAUUCGUAAAACGUCUUCAGAGAUUUUAAUGGCGACCGGUCGGAAGGUGACGUAUGCGGUUACUUUACAGGACCACAAGAUACACGCUGCGAGAUCGUUGGUGUCAAGCUUUACCGAUACUCUUGCAACCGUGUCCAACUAUACUCCCGAAGUUUAAAUGUGCCAAAGCAAGACAUCCUGUCAUCUGAACCUAUGUCACUUCUGCAAAGUGUGUUAGAUACGUUGCUGAUUGCUGUUUUGAUAGUGUCCAGUCACUAACGCCACUCACACAGUAUCUCAGGAACGGACCAAACUGAAUGAUCUCGUAUCGAUGUUGCUCCUGGUCGUAUGGAGUUAACAUCGCUUUUGCGAUACCAACAGCGCCCAUUACUCUUUACGUUUAUUUUUUUAGUUUUAAAAUGAAAAUUAUAAGAACAGAUUGAAGUCAUCGUUUGACUAGUGCUACGGUACAGUGACAGUUGGUGGUUUAUUGAAUUUUUGUCUUAGUACGGGGAAUAUCCUGCACUUCAGUGUUACAUCUUCCGAUACAUGGAUCGAUGGGAUCUUAUUAGUGUCAAACAAUGUUAACGUGUUUUAAAUGUCAGUGAGCAAAGCCAAAAGAAAUCUCCAAACUCCAGUCCAGUGAAAGGGUUAUUUUCUUUCUUUUGAAGUAUCGUCUUCUUCUUCUUCUUCUUCUUCUUCUUCUUGAUGGCUCGCUCAUAGGUGAGCACAUGGUGCGGACAUGGUUAGGAUAGUCACUCCGUUUCGAGGAAAGUAGCCUGCCUAUACACGAAUGUUGUGAGAUAGUUUAGGACUCCUACACUUAGAGGGACUUGCCAGACAUAUCAGCAUGCAAUAUCUUGUUGGAGUCUUGUCUGAGUUGUUGAAGUUUUUUUCAGGAAGAAAAAAUCCUCCGCGAUUCCGUUUCAAGGGCAACUUAGCACUUCUUUUUGGAUUACUGAUCUGACAGCUGUCAAGUCAGAAUUGUUUUCAGAUCGGAAUUCUAGAGGACCAUCAGAUAGCAAGUGUGAUGAUCUUCAACGUUUUGCUUCCAAGCCUAGGAAGCAGAUGAAGUUCUAGAAUGUUCAGGGGUCCCACUUCAAGAGGAACGCCCCAUCAAGGGAAGAUUUAGUUGGCAGUAUUGCAAUUGUGCUUCAACGGCCGGAUAUCAAAUCCCAUCCAGUGUCCGCGUUUCCUCCAUACUCAGCAACGAGUAAAUAUCAAGUCAAGGAAAUUCUUGACGAUUUUAGAUGUUGUCGAUGCCACGGAAGAAGAAUUGUACUUCUCUUUGUAAGGCUGCUACGAACUCGGAUGCUUAGCUACUCGUUCGACUCUUAGAAGUUUCGAUCCUUGGAGGGCGUUCUCCCAAAGUUCUACGAAUGAAGAUUACUGUCACUGUGUACCUUCUCCAUGAAUCCUCAACUUGCAGCAAUCACGCACCACCGUUUCUCCUGAGCUUGUAGAACCCAAGAAGAAGAAUAAGAGAAGACGAGUCUAUUGUUUCUUUAUCCCGUUGGAGACUGUAUUCUGCAGGUGUAGUGCACGGAGAGCCUUGGUUAUCAUACACGAGUCGUCUUCUUCUCCUUCAAGAGAUCCACUUCCCAGUGCCAGUUCGCGUACAUCACUGCAACCGCAACUGGCAUACCAGAAUCAAUAAUUACAAGAAUAGCGAUUUGUGUGUUUACAAUCAAAUGGAAAUGGAAAACCCAACAACAAACAAAAAAAAAAGUGAAUCAUAAUACAUGUAAUGUUCUUUUUCACAGAAAAAAGAGCAAAGGAUCUAAGCAGCAUUGUAGAGUACACGAAUACACGGUGAAACUGAUCUUGAAGAAGUAUAUUACUUAUUCUGGUUUAAUGUGAAUAGACAUCCAAAGCUACACGUGUGCAGUGUCCGUAUUACAGAAUUUAUAGAAAGAAAAACAAGUAAAGAAACAAAACCAAAAAAAAAAACUAAUAAGAAAAGAUAGUCAACGCAGAGGCUGAACACUGUCACGACACGAUAAAAAGUGCAAAAACACGGAAAUCAAGUAAA